GCGAGCGACCACGCCGCCGCCUCCGACGCGGACUUCUCGUCUUCGGGGAGUGCCGCCGGCGCAGGGGCAGGCGAGCAACCAUGCCGCCGCCUCCGCCAGGCCGAGCACCCUGUGGGCACCGGCACGGACAACACCAACCUCAGCGACGCGGACUUCUCGUCUUCGGGGAGUGCCGCCGGCGCUGGGGCAGGCGAGCAACCAUGCCGCCGCCUCCGCCAGGCCGAGCACCCUUUGGGCACCGGCACCCAGAGCUUCAGCAACGCGGAGGCGGACGACGAGCAGGAGGAACAGGACUAUCAGGUGUACGGCGGCUUCCAGGCCCUGGAGCACGACGCCACG